UCGUCGCAAUACUCUACCCAAAAGUACAUUUUUAAAAAAAAUAAAGCCGUUUUUUAGUACCAUCAUUCAACGAAGAAACUUGAAUUUAUUCUUAAUCAUGAUUUGGAUUGUGCUAGUUAUUUUGCUGACACCUUCUUCGUUAUACGCAACGAAUAGUGACGAAGUGGGAAAAAAAGGUUUUGGUCCAGGAAAACAAGAUUGGGGAUAUGUACUAGUGAGACCAGCUGCCCAUAUGUUUUGGUGGCUUUAUUACGUGAAUCCUCCAGUAAUGAACUCAUCAAUAAAUUUAGAUGUCUACAGUAUACCUUUGAUUAUUUGGUUACAAGGUGGCCCGGGGGUCUCUGCUACUGGUUUUGGAAAUUUCAACGAGUUGGGUCCACUUGAUAUUGAUCUUAAGCCGAGAAAUCACAUGUGGGUCAACGAUUAUAAUAUUUUAUUCAUUGAUAAUCCAGUAGGUACUGGGUUCAGUUUCGUUGAUAAUGAUACGGCAAUGGCAGAAAACAACACGCAGAUAGCCCAGGAUCUAGUGGAAUGUAUGAAGAGUUUCUUAGAAAGUGUUCCAAAGUUUAAAAAUGUCCCUACUUACAUCGUAGCUGAAUCCUACGGAGGAAAAAUAGUUGUAGAGUUCGCUCUUAUUUGGUUUCGGGUAUUCAGUUUCAUUAAUUUACUAUGCUACAACAUUAGUUAUACAAUGUUUCAGAUUAAAUUACAACGUCAUACGCGGACUUGUAGACCAGUGCACUCGAUGGCUGGCAAGACAAAAUGUAUACGUGAACAAGUUAUCUGGCCGCGCUGUGUUGCUUCGGCAAACUCUGUUUUAGCGCGAGAGCUACAAUUUGGGACUGAGUGGAAGUGGUAG